GCGGAAUCCAGUUAAGUGUGAGCUUCUUUUAUUUCGUUAAUAACCACUUGAAUCUCUUCCGCGCAAAUUCGUAUUUACCUGCUGUUUUCUCUAUCGAUAUUUAUUAGUUGGCCCUCAGCGUUGAGACCUUAGUAACCGUUGGUUUAAUCUAACUCAAAAUAUUUAUGGUCAGGUACUUGGGUGAUGGUACUACCCAAGAUUGGAUAAUUAAUUGGAUCUUCCCUGAAGUUUAAAUUCAAGAAAUUAUCAAAUACUUGUUGGAUGUCAGGAGUUUCGUGGUAUGCCUCCUAGAACGCUUUUAAAUCUUAAUUCUUCAGUGUAUUGUUACUCAAUUCGUCAGAGGGAAGCAAUGACCCACAGUUACUUGAGAAUCUGAUGAAGAAGUUGGAACUUUUAGGUGCACGGAAAUGCGGUCGAAUACAUAUCGAAAGUGCACUUUACUUUUCUAAUUUUGCCAGAUCCCAGUGUAAAACAUUCCAAGUAAUCACGUCAACUGAGUAUCCUGCAUCAUGUUUUAUCUUCUCAGAUAAUCAAACUGCUCUUGUUGCUGAUUUAUCAUUUCGUGAAUUCCCAGGCUGUUUGAAAGCAUUUUAUCAGCGUAAAAAGAAACUGCAGGUUGAAGCUAAAGGAAUAAAAUACCAGCUGGGUGAUUUCGGGAUUAACUUCAUCACAAUAUUCAUGGGACAGAGUGCGACAGUUAAAGGUUACCUGAUUGAGGUUUCUUUCCAAGCAUCAUGUAUGAUACAUCUGUGCCGUGACAUCCUGAAAGCGUUCAUUACUCAAGUAUUACCAGAUGUAUGUCCCCCAGCUAACAGUUCAACGGAACACAUAUUCAGUCCAUCGUUUUUACAGGCUGUAGAGACUGGUACAUUUGAUACGCCUCGUUGGCCACCGAGUCAAAUAGCUUUCCCUGUGGAACACAAUUUUUUACAAAAUGACUCUCCCCUUUCUCAUGUCUGUGCCAGACUCACUAUGACACAGUAUGCAGAACACAUCAAUGUUGUUAGACGUCUAUCAAGACAAUCUGUAAAUACACCAAGUACAUUAGCAACAGAUGUUUCUGGAUCAUAUGCCACUCCUCCAAAUAAUGCACCUAAUGUGAACAUUUCAUCAAACUAUUCCACAUCCUAGUUUUUUAUCUAUAUUUUCUCUUAAUAAAUAAAAUAUGAGUGCUAUUUAUACAAAUCCUUGACUUCUGAUAUACUUUAUCUUCAUUUCAUGUAGACUAAUUUUUGUAUAUAAAUCUAAUGUUAUUAUAGUCAACUAUCCUCAUCGUGAUUA